UCAGUUGCUGCGCAGCGCAGCUAGCGGUGAGGUGUCGGUUGUGUAAGUGACUCUGCUACGCAUACCAACAUCGCGAAGUCACGCCAGCUGCAUUCGACGCGAGCUGCUCUGUGCGCGUUUCGUACUCGGCCUUCUCUCGCCUCGUCCUGCCCUCUCAAACACCACACGUGUUCCGGUGCGGCUUGCGUAACUCGGACCAGGUGGUCAACUGGGACGAUAAAGGGGAAUACGUCCAGAGCCCACUACAGCUCUAGCCACUGCUGUGCUUCGCUGAAGGCCCGGCGCGAGAGGAGGGGGCGGCGGCCAUGUGGUGGGUGAGCGCGGCGGGGUGGCUGCUGGCGGCGUGGGCGGCGCUGCUGUGGGCGGCGUGGGCGGCGCUGCGGCGCUACUCGUCGCUGCUGCACGGCACGUGGGCGGCGCUCGGCGUCCCCCACCCGCCUCCCGAGCCGCUGUUCGGCAACGUGCGGCCCGUGCUCACGUUCCGCGAGGCGGCCGCCGACGGCUACCGCCGGCUCUAUCAGGCCUUCCCGCGGGCCAGCUACAUCGGCAUCUACCAGGCCCGCCACCCCACGCUCCUGGUGCGGGACCCGGCGCUGGCGCGCCGGCUGCUGGGCCCCGACUUCGUGAGCUUCUCGUCGCGCGGCGUGCCCUGGGACGCGCGCGGCGACCCGCUCGCCGCCCACCUGCUCACCAUGGACGGGCCCGCGUGGGCGGCGCUGCGCCGCAAGCUGGCGCCGCCCUUCUCGCCGGGCCGCGUGGCCGCCGCCGCCCCCGCCGUGGCCCACUGCGCCGCCGCCCUCGCCGCCGCCCUGCGCCGCCAGGCUCUGGAGUCCGGCGCCGGGUCGGCGGACCUGGAGGCCAGGGAGCUGGCCGCCCACUACGCCACCGACGUCAUCGGCCGCGUCGCCUUCGCACUCGACUUCGGCUCCCUGCGGGGGCGGGGCGCCGCCGACGCCGACGCCGACGUCGACUCCUCGCAGCGCUUCGGCGUCAUGGCGCGGCGCGUCAUCCGGCCGACGCCCUCGGCCGUGCUCAGGAGGUUCGCAAGGCUGCUGCUCCCUGAGUGGUUCUACCGGCGCCUGAAAGUACGCUCUGUCCCUCAGGAUGUGGCGGACUUCUUCUGUGAGGUGGUGCGUCACUCAAUGGACGAGCGCGAGCAGUCCGGCGUGGCGCGGAAGGACUUUCUGCAGACACUGCUCGACCUGAGGAGCGAAGGGCGAAGGGAGGGCGACAACUCCCUCGGCGGGAUCGAGCUGACGGAGGCGGUGGUGGCGGCACAGGCGGUGGCGUUCUUCGCGGCGGGCCUCGAGACGACGGCCAGUGCCGUCUGCCUGUGCCUGCUGGAGCUGGCCCACGCCCCGGACAUCCAGCAGCAGGCCUUCCUGGAGCUGGAAAAGGCCGGAGUGCAGGACCCGCCCGCCUACGAGGAGCUCCAGGGACUGCCCUUUCUGGAUGCCAUUGUUGCCGAGACGCUGCGGAAGUACCCUCCGAGCCCGAACCUGGUCCGCGUCGCGACGCAGCCGUACCGGCUGCCGCACUGGAGCGAGGAGGGUGAGGAGGGAGGAGGGAGGGAGGUGUUGGUGGGGGCGGGCACGCGGCUCGUGGUGCCCGUGUUCGCCAUGCAGCGAGACGCGCGCCAUUUCCCGGACCCGGAGGACUUCCGGCCGCAGCGAUUCCUCACCGCCAGCUCCAGGGGGAACCCUGCCUACAUGCCGUUCGGAGACGGGCCCAGGGUCUGCAUCGGUCAGCGGCUGGGGAUGCUGCAGCUGAAACUGGCCAUCGCUUCCGUGGUGAGGCACUUCGAGCUGUCAGCUGUGCCGGGCCGCACGGUCUUCCCUCCCCGGCUGGAGCCGCGGGCGCAGGUGGUGGCGCCGCGGGACGGCGCGUGGGUGCGCUUCACGCCCCGGCAGACGCAGUCGUAGGAGAGAGACUGCGGGCAGACCUCGUGUCGUUCUGGAGUACGCUGCGUGGAGCCCGCUUCUCCACACACUUAAUACGGCUGUGUGCCACUCACACUCCUAGACUGUUACCUCAGCAACUGUUACCGGUGUCCUCACUAUAUGAUUAACGUUUCACUAUCGGCAGCGACGACAGCUACCCUCUCGGCACUGUCUGCGUCUACACACACGUGCCCUGUGCCGUAAUAUGCCGAGCCGCUAUGGGAGCGUGUGUAGCCUUAGCACACACAUUGUACUACAAAUUUUGUAUCAGACAGAAGUACAGAUAAUGGCUAAAAGUCACAUAUGAAAUAUUUUUUGUUUACACAGACUGAGGUACGAAAUUUGAAACAUGAUUCUGUGUACUGGCAUGUAGCACUAAGUGUGAUAUUGUUGUUAACACCCACCUGGCAACUUCCAUUUUCCUUUACUGUCGGCACAGAAUUAAUCACUACUCACACAGCAAGUUCUCAUUAAUUUAUCCAUGUUAAUGGCAGUUGAGCUCUGAGACUGGAAUAGGUUACUUGAAGGGGUAGAGCAACCAACCACUUAUUAUGCAGCUCUAUUUAUAGAAAGAUUUUGACCUGCCCAUAUACCCGAGUGUAGUAAUGUGCCACUUCCGGCGUAUGAGGAGUUGACCCUACCUCGGAUUGAAUCUGCCUCGUGGAUUAAUGACAGGGGUAGUGGGCUGGCCAUUGUGGGUGUGGUUUUUAGGCGGUUUCCCACAUCCAACUAGGUAAAUACUGCACUGGUACAAACAUCCAAUCUCUGAUAUGCGCUAUGGAAACAUUUAGAAAAGCACUCUCAAACGUGAGCACGAGAUUUACUCUAAAUGCAGACACGUGGGGUACGCCAAUCUUGUCCCAGGGGAGCAGUGGUCGCAUCAGGAAUGGUAUCUGGGCACCGACUCCCAGUAACACAACCCAACCUGCUUCAUAUUCCGACAUCACAGACAAACAGGAACAGGCAGAAGAAGAAAGGAAUUAUGAUGAGAUUUGUUUUGGGCUUAUGUCCACUUUUAAUUGGAGUAAUAGAUUUAUAUCUUCAUGAGUAUAACAUUUUUGUUGACUGAAUUUUGCAUGCUGCAGCUGUCCUGUGCAAAAUAGUGACUGUCUAAUUUCUCAAGCUGUAUAUUUAUGUUUAAUUAAUAGUUAGAUACUUUCACAUUUAAUUAAAUUAAAAUUUAUAUGAAAAAUGAAGAAAUUCCUCCAACUGUAUUUUAGGUGCCGAUUUUAUUUUGGCAACUAGUUUCAACGUUGUAACAACGUCAUCUUCUGGCCCAUACACUUGUUGACGUCAACUGUGUGCAGCUGAUACUAGAAGUCAGUGGUGAGAUAUGGAUGUGCUCUGUGUGGAAGGUGGUUAGUAACUGGUAUGAGGUUUAGAUAUAUCUGUGCAGCCCACACACUUUCAGUUUCACUGAUGUGCUGAUGCAAUGCAUCAUUCCCCAAAUGUUUUAUUGGAAUUUACAUCAAAAGCCAAGUUACAGCUUUCUCACAGGCUGCAAAACUAUUUCUCAAUUCAGUUAUGUUUACAGACAUAAUUCUGCUGACCUUAAAAUUUGCGACACACUUUUGUGACACUAAAAAUCUGGUUAAUAUACAAUGUACACACUGUAAGAAAUCGUGCUAGGUUAUUUUAUAGCUAGCUUCUUUUCGAUUUUCUUAGUGUUAAUGAUAUAAAAUGAUUACUAAUAGGAAUUAACAUGAAAGCAUAUCUGUCUAGCAAAAUAGUGGCUGGGUAGCAUCAAUAGAAUGACAACUAAAUUACAUUGAAUUUUACAAAAGUGAUAUGGCAUAUUUCACACAGUAAAAGCAACAUUACUAUUUUGUGCUGGCCCACUGUAGUGUUCAAAAUAUCCACUAUAAGCAGUGAAUUUUAUUAUACCAACUGAAAGCUGCUGAAGACCUGAAAGGCAUUUUGAGAUAAAUAAAGUUGUAUAAGAGUGGCUAGGUAAUUGUUGGAACUCUUCAGGUCCACUUCUACUACAAUUUUUAUAGGUGUGAUCACUAUGCAGCUAACAUUUCACUACUGACAUCAUUAUCAUAAACAGCUGCGGCUCUGCCAUCAUUAUUUACAGCCUAUAUUUCCAUGUCACACAAGCCAUGGCAAAGGGUACCUGGAACCACCAUUACUUCCUUUCUCUUCUAUUAUGCUUGUGACUGAAUGGGACAAAAUUCUACAUCCAAAUACUUUUUUUGUGUGUGGAUCUACAACCACUAUAUAAUUCUCAGAGGAAGUCAUUUUUCUUGCAUAGGCUGUUGUUUCAAUUUUGAAAUGAACAUUUUAUUUCAUUAUUCAGAAAUCAGCUGAUUUCGCCCACUUGGGCGGCAUCCAGUUCAGUUCAGAGUAAAAGUAGUCCUGUACUCAGGGAACGAGUUUGGGAGAACAGGUGCAGGAAUCCUGCAUCACCAUCCCAGGCCGCACUGUUGUGCAGUUUGUUCGCCGUUGCCUUACCCGGACCUGUUACCGAGUGCCAAAUGUAUACCUGUGCCAUACGGAUGACUGUGAUGAAUGCUUGUACAAUUUAGUGUUGGGUUUGUGCUGUUUUGGUUGAAAGUAAGAGAGAGGAUGGCCAGCGGCAUUGCCACAGUGGUCUGAUCACCGGAGUUGAACCCUGUCAGGCUGGGCUAGCACUCGGAUGGUUGAUCAUCCAAUCUGCCGAGUGCUGUCGGUAAGCGGGGUGCACUCAGCCCUUGUGUAGCAAACUGAGGAGCUACUCGAUUGAGAAGUAGCGGCUCCGGUCUCGUAAACUGACGUACGGCCGGGAGAGCGGUGUGCCGACCACAUGCGUCUCCAUAUCUGCAUCCGGUGACGCCUGUGGGCUGAGGAUGACGUGGUGGCCGGUCGGUACCAUUGGUCCUUCACGGCCUGUUCGGGAGGAAUUUAGUUAAGUUUUUAAGAGAGAGGAUGAAACUUAGUGCCGGCACACAUCUGGCUCUUCUCGAAUAGCACCGUCAGGGCUACCAAGUUCAACAGUGCCUUCUGGUGGAUGGAUCACCACCUACAGUGUUGCAGGAUCACUUUGAUGAGAGACUGUGGAGAGGUCUCGAAUGAAAUCCAGUGCAUUGGUGAAAUGUCGGGCAGUUCAGAAACUUCGUGCUAUGACCUCUCCGCCCCUUGCCAGCCAAAUGCUGGCACUGAAAAUUUUCCAUCACCAGGAUACGAACCAAUGUGCCUGCAAGUUGAGCGCCACUGCAAGAGAGUGCAUUAGCAACCUCAGUUACAGAGGUGAGCUUAUCGAGCUAUAUGACAAUAAGAAUUGUUAUACCUUCAGUAUGUUGUGGUCCACAAAUUAGUGAUAUUGUGCCUAAUAACAGUUCCAAGCAACCAUAUUAGUAUGGGCACAAACUGUAUACACAUCAACAUUUUAACACGAUUGAUACAAAAAGUGCAAAAAUAGAGAUAUACUAUUGCGUAUGUUAAAUCCACAUGUGUAAAAAUGAAAAGAAAAAAAAUUCUGCCUUUAUCUGGGUAUUAUCAAUGUGCCAGCUUAAAAUUAAAACAUGUUGACCCCACCAUGUGUGUUUGCACUUUAUCAGUUAUUCUACCAUAUUGCAAUAAGUAAUUUAUGCUGGUGCAGCAACAAAACCUUCAUAAGGGCAGUAUUCCUUCUAUUUUACAGGUGGCCUUCACAUUUGUGACAGGUUUGCUCACACCCAGCAGGCGUGGUUGCAGAGAACUCUUACUGGGGUUGCCAUCAUAUGUUGCUUUGUCUUCCAUGAAUGCUGUAUGAAUGAUGACAUUCUGUAUCCAAAACAUUUUUUUUUUCGUAAUAUAACCUGAGAAUGUCCCAACAGGAUGACAUUAGCUGACUGAUGAAUAAUGGAAUAAAGUGUUAAUUUCACAAUAAAAGAACAGGCUAUACAGGAAAAUGACUUCCUUUACAAAAGCCACAUCUACAUCACACACUUAAGGCCAAUGUAAAAUUGUGUCAUCCCCUUUUUGUGUUUCACUUGCAGGAAAUUCUUGUUUGCCUCUUUACAAGCCAUAAUCUCCCCUACUUUAUCGUUAUGGCCCUCAUGAAGUAUGAAAAUUGUAGGCGAUUAAAUGUUGUGUAGUCUGUCACAAAUGUUGAUUCCCUUAACAUCCUCUAUAGAGUGUCAUGGAAAGAUUGUUGUUUUUGCCUCCAAGUAUUCCCUUUUUUAACGCUCUGCUGCUGGUCAGACUGACUCAUAACAUAUCUGGCAGCACAUCUCUAAAUUGUUCCAAUGUUUUCCCUCAGUCUUACCCUGUGUAGAUCCCAAACACUUGAGCAGUACUUGAGAAUGUGUCGCACAAAUAUUUUGUAGGCUCUCUCCUUUUGUAGGUAGAAUUCUCCCAGUACACUGUAGUUGGCAAAGAGUUGAGAUAAUUGUGCCAAACUCUGAUGUGUUUAUAACCAUGGAAUGUGCAAUUUAUUCACAAGAACAGUGCUGAUAAUUAGUUAGCAAGACAUUCACUACAACAAUAAAACUGAUUUUGUGAUGCACAAUGUGCAGCCAAAAUUACAACUUGAAUGGUUCAAUACUGGUCAGUGAGGUUUAUUGUCACAACAUCAGCAAGUGAUUUCGAGUGUUUUCUCUAAACAUCACAUUCAUUGGCCUCCUCCUACUCGCAACUAUUCCAUUAUGGCACAACAUAACCUAGACCUCAGCACAAAAAAUUAUUUCUCGCAUAUAGCACUCAUUGGCCUCAUCAACUUAUGUUUCAUGGCGUUAAUCAAAUUGGUUUUAAAAUAACCUUGUAUAUCUCUCCUUUUUUCCUAAAAGGUAGCUGCAAGAAGAUACAGAAGGAAAUUUCAAAUUGACAUAUGUCAUAUAUAAAUAAGAAAGAGUUCUUCCUGACAUUUGAAACAGUGUCUGUGAAGUAACUCGUACUCUCCUUGCACUCACUUGGAGCCCUCUGCGUGGAACAGAGGUGCUGAUAAGAAGGAGUGCAUGCAUUUCCAUCACCAGCUACAGCCACAGGUGUCAACUCUUUGAAGCACAUUGCCAGUUUGGGAAUAGGAGAUGCUACAAACAAAUUAGUUUAGUUUAGUCAUUUCCACUCUGGGAACACUUUUCAAUGCAAAAUAUGCCAGUCUGCUGGCCAUUUACACAAUUUCUUAAGUUAUGAUUUUUUUUACAUGUAUACAGUGAUUUAUACUUAACUAUGUUCAGUCUCUUUCUCUCUCUCUCUCUCUUGCAGCACUAAAGGUUUCUGGUCCAGAUCCAGAUAAUAAAACUGGUACUGUCACUGUAUUAUAGGCUUGGAGUCUGGUCUUAAUUGACACAGAUUUUUGAUAACAUUAUCUGCUUCAGACUGAAAUAAGUUUUAGUCCCAUUGACAAUACAUUGAUUGACUUCUUGCUUAAGUUAUUAUGCCUGCAAAACAAGGCACCAAGGUAUUCAAAAUUUUUAGCUCUGGCAAAGUUCUGUAUUCCUGAAUGUGAUGGGGCAUUUUUAGGGGUCUGUCUGGAUACUUCUAUUAUUUCACUCUUUUCCACUUUAAUCCACUGGCAUUAUUUGCUAAAUCUCCUGAGUUUCUGCCAUCUCUUCCUCUGAUUCUGCUAAGGCUGCAAUGUCAGCUGCAUAUCCCAAUAAAAUCAAUUAAUAUUGAUGUCAGUCAAAGUAUGUAUGAACACCUAAGAAUUUAGAAUAUUCUCUUCACUUACUGAUUUCCCCCGAUACAUUAUUUCUAAAGGUAUGGUCAGGUCAGAUGCAUUACUGAAUUGCAUGUACUUUGUGUUAGGUAAAUUCAGCCACAGUCCGUUUGAAGAGAAUCAGUUAUUAAUUUUCGAGAAAAGUUGGAGAUAUCCCAUUAGGCUUCAUUAUAAUACUUACAUGUGCAGCAGUGAGAACUAUUUCUGCUUCUUGGAUAUAUGAUCAGUAGGUCGCACACAAUGGUAUUCAUUUUGAAGAAACUGGAGUUGUAUUCCAAAAUCUGUGACAUAUUUAAUUAAAUAAUAAUAAAAUUAAUAGAAAGAAAAAUCAUACCACCUUACCAAGAUUUUCUCAGGAAGAAGCAUUGUGAUAUAUCUUCAUGACCAGUAUUUCACCACAUAUUUUCUUCUGAUAUUGAGUCUAUAGGUGGUACAGAUUGUGAGUCUGGCAAUGAAGUCAAAACCUUUCAAGGAUCAUAUGAUUCAUCAGUGAAAUGAAAUGGUCAUGUGGCAAUAUUGACUGGGAGAAAACACCAGUCAUUGUUUGGACACAUUUUGCAAGUCCUUGUAUUUGACAUUGAUGAAGACGAGAUAAAAUGAUUAGGAUGAGACAAAAACCUAGCCCCCGAGUGAAGAAAAUUUCUGAACUGACUGUGAAACUAACCCGGGACCUCACAAUCUACAGGCAGAGGUCCUAACCACUGGACCACGAGCUGUUGACAUUCAUCAAUAGAAUUAGCCUGGCAAAUAGGGAAUCAUUGUAACACAGCCGAUAGUUACAUAAUGUGGAACAAACUUAAGGUUUCUGGGAAAUUGGAUGCCACCAUAUUUAGAAGGCUGUUCAUAUCUGAUGGCACAUAAUCGAGACCUACAAAUUCACCUGGAAAGAGAAAAAGUGAUUGUGGAAUCAGCUGAAGUGUUCCGACUCCCAUGUUGCUCCUCUACCAGCACAACUGGAAAAAUAAAUAAAUUUUAUGCUUAUUUAAAUAAUUCUGUCAAGAACUUUGCAACACAGUUAGUCCCUGCCAGAAAAUCUCCAUUGCAUUGGACCCUCUGCUUUUAAUUUGCACUGUAGUAACACAUACUGAUGAACUUAUUUUUCCAAACAUGCCAUGUAGAACUCGAAAGUUAAUUCACUUGUACCAUUCCUGCAUAUAAAGUUAUACACUUUCUACCUGAAAUGCAACAAAUACAAAAUUUAUGCCACAAAGAAUUAACUGCCAGAUGUCUUUCUUGCAAUGAAUUUUUAUGUGAGAAUUGGAAAACACGUGUACGCGUGCAUAUGUGCUGUCAUUCUUCUCUUUACACUGAUGUGCUUCCAGGGUUGUACAUUUGUUUAGUGUAUCAUGUGAGAGUCAUAGAAAGGUAUGAAAAAUUGAAAUAUAGAAGAAACUAAAGAAAUGUGUAGACAUUUCAAGGAAAAAGAAGUAUAAAUGAGGUUAACACAAAAUCGACAGAAACAUAAGUAAUGAAGACUGUGUAACUCCAAAUGCUUAAGUUUAAUGGUAUUGCCUCUAGAAAACAUCAUCUCUGUAUUCAAUUGGUCUCCAUUUCUUCCCCUCCCCCCCCCCCCCCCCCCCCCCCUACCGCUUCCUCAUCUCAUGUGAUGGCCUGUCACACUAUCUAUCUGCUAGGUGAUGUGAUACCAGCUCUCCUCGAAUAACUACUGGAUAUUAUUCCUUCUUUCCUGUCCAUUUUGAUACAUAUUGUUGAACCCAAUUCCACAUUACACCAAUAAGGGACUGCUCUAUGGAAUGGACCACAAAUUUAAUUUUUUUUGGUAACAAACCAAAAUUUUGUAUUGACUCAACACCAGAUGAGCAGUAUUUGUUUGGACUGACUAUGAAUACUAAUUGCAUAUAGCCCACGUGACUCCAGAGAAAAUGUGGCUGACAACUCUUAGGAGGGACAUCAUUAGUAUCCUGAUAUUGUUCAUUGUACCUUUAAUCCACAGCAUGUUUUGCUGCCAUAUCUUGACCAAUCUUGUUGAAAGUUUCUGGUUCACUGGCCCUUUUAGUUCCUACUAAAAGUCCUAAGUAUGUAUAUAAUUUACUUCUUUUCAUUGUUUCUUGACCUGUGCAUAAGUUGUUCCAAUUGCCACUAAAUGUGGUAUAUUCCAUCUCGUCUGUGUGCAGUAGCAGACACCAGUUCUCUUGCUCUUUUUUGUGUAGCAUAUAACGUGUGCCAACUUCAUCUGCUGCUACAGUCACGUGAUUGUCAUCAAACUCUAGAGUAUGGGGGCAUUUUUUCCAGUUCCAUGUCAUUUUCCUACUGCAGUUGGGCAGGGCAACUUAUGCAUACACCUUAACACAUUUGAAACUGCACUCAGUCACCUUGGAUGUGGUAGCUGGACUACUGUUUCCAACACCAGUUUUGAAACUUGUAGCUUUGUAACUGCGAAGGCAAUGAUGUUUCAUUUGAAAUGAUGCAACUUGGUUUAUCUGAUCUUAAAAAUCUCGUUAUGAAAUACUGUAACUAGGAGACAUAUUGAGUGUUUUAUUGAAUCAUGUUUUUAUCCCAAAGAAAAAUACUAUUUAGACACAUAAUUUGCUCAAGUGUAGCGUGUUCUUGAAACAUCCAGGGAUCCAAAGAGGUACAUCAGAACUUGCACAUUUCUUUUUGGUACAUUUUUCCCUUCUGGUCCUUAUUGACAUUGAAACACGCUUUGCUGACCAUUUCCUGUGAUACUUUUUACUGCCAGAGUUGUUUUACAAAUGUUCAUAUAGGUGAUCAAUAUUUCAAAUGCUUCAUCACAUUACUUUCUUUUAUUUAUUACCUAUCAAAGCAUUCAGCUAUAUGGAAAUCCAAAACAGUAUCUGAAUCAUCGGCUUCCCCUUCUGUGCCAGAAUUGCUGAUUUCUUCUUCCAGGGCACUGCAAACAUUGCUGUCAUCAAAAUUCAUAAUAUCAGAACAACCUUGAGCACGAGGAGUGGGUCAACAAAGAUACAGGUAGCAGACGAAAGGAGUAUGGGACUUGGUACAGAGCAGAAACACAGAAUGUGAUUUUUUGGGGUACAGAUAGUUCAGAAUUGGAGAAUUCCAAGGCAUGUUUUUUUAAGUAAGUAUCGUUUUGAAAUUUAAGAAAGACGUGCUAAGAUAUCUCAAUAAUUUUAUCUUUACACUAAAGCCUGUAUCUUAAUCUACUUUUCUACAUAAUUUCCGUCAAUAUUGAGGCACUUGUCAUAACGUUAUACCAGUUUUUGAAUACCCUCCUCACAGAAGUCUGCUGCCUGACUUGUUAACCACUGCAUCACCACAGUUUUGACUGUGCCAUCGUCUCGAAGAUGCUGACCGCCCAGGUGUUUCUUCAAGGGCAGGAACAGAUGGUAGUCACUGGGCGCAGGAUCGGGGCUGUAUGGAGGAUGAUCUAGAGUUUUCCAUCGAAAAGAUGUGAUGAGAUCUUUGGUCUGAUUCACCACAUGCGGACGGGCAUUGUCUUCCAGCAAAACGAUGCCCUUGCUCAACUUCCACGGACUGUUGCUUUGAUUCUGGUGUGACAUAGGCCACCCAUGUUUCAUCGCCCAUAUCAUUUUGGCUUAAGGAAUCAUCACCGUCGUCUGGUACCGCUCAAGGAAAGUCAUUGCACUGUCAACAUUUUCGGUACCCAACGUGCUCACAAUGUUCAGUAAUUCAAUUUCUCGGUCACAGUGCCAUACAAAACACUAUGAGAAACAUUAGGAAAGUCAUCCCGCAAGGAGGAAAUUGUAAAGCGCCUGUUUUCUCUCACCUUAUUGUCCACUUCCUGCACCAAACUUUCAUUAACGACCGAAGGAUCCCCUCUCCAUUGUUCAUCGUGCACAUUUGUGCGGCAAUCUUUAAAUGCUCUCACCCACUUUCUUACCAUUAGAUCACUCAUAAUGUUUUCUCUGUAAACUGCAAAGAUCUCACGAUGAAUAUCGAUCACUUUUAGGCCUUUAGCAGUAAGAAAUCUUAUGACAGCCCGUACUUCACAGUUGGCGGGACUCACGAUUAUCGGAGGCAUCUUAAACACUCAGUACACAACGUAAACAAGCAAGAAUCAGACUGUAAUAGCGGCAGUGCAUAGAUUAAGGUACAGGCUUUCGUGUAAAAAUAAAACUAUUGAGAUAUCUUAGCAUGUCUUUUUUUAAUUUCAAAA